CUGAGCCAUAAGUUAGACAAACCCACGACGACAACAACGACAGAUAUGACUGUGUAAUGAUUGUUAUAACACUGCAUCUUCCCUGGUCAACCCCACUGGCUUUUGAAGCUUACCAUGCGCCGCCCCUGAAUCUUUAAUAUAAAAGAGAAGCAAAGCAGUUGGACGGCGAGUGCAGGGUCAGCACGCUGCUCAAAGGAUCAGAUCGACAUCGCUCCAAGUUCACCUUCGCCCGCACUCUUCAAGAGUGACCGCCAUCACCCACCUGGCAGAUUCCAGCAUCAAUCAUGAAGUGGUUCAGGAAGAAGAAGGCCCACGGCGUUGAGCAAGCUCCCGACCAGAUUCGGAACUUCCCGCAGCAAUACGGUGCUCCGCCUGUAUCGGGGCAGUUGAUAGCAAAGCUCCCCGCACCUUUACUUGAGCGCAUCUUCAGCUUCGUAUGCCCGCACGCGCGCGAUGAGACCUACGAGACCUGUGAACAGUCGGCUGUGGAGGAUACGUGCAUGCUAUGCGAUCUCCGCGAUCUAGCUCACUGCGCGCAAGUGUCGCGAAGAUGGAGGAAGCUGGCUUCGAACGUCUUGUAUCACAGCAUACGGAUCGAUACUGUCCACUACUGCGAACGCGAAGAGAUUCUCGCCGAAAAGCGUAAACAUAGAUCGUUCAUGAACCGCAAUGCCGAACCCGAAGACACCGCUCAGGCGCGACUGCGAUUGCUCUGUAGGACACUUCGCGACGAUGGGACUGGGCUUUCCUCGAAGCUGCAGAUUCUCAAAACAUCUUACAUGACAAGGGAGGGUUCCAAGCCCGAUCUCGCUCGGAUUGUUGCGGUAACGCCAAAUCUUCGAUAUGUCGACCUGCCGGAGGGUGUUUUCAUGGAUGAUGCUUCUUGCAACACCCUGAAGCAGGAAAUCCAAGGACGAUGCCCGGAUUUAAGAAAGAUGGUAUACAUGGGUGGAUCGGAGAGAAGUCUGGAGCUGUUGGCAAGAGGAACACUAUGGCCGAAUCUUGAGGUUUUGGAGCUGUCACAACUCGAUAUGGAUCCUACCAUCUUACGACAUGCUCUAGGCUCAUUACACCAUCUGAAAGCUCUGAAAAUCUCGAAUAUCAAGUCUUUCGAUGAUCAGAUAUUCCAGCAUAACGACUACCUACCUCCUUGGCCCGCUCUCGCCGAGUUGACGCUUUCCCAUGUCGCGGCUGAGGGUCUGGUAGAAUAUCUCUCUCGUCCAGAUACCCAGGAUACUCUCAAGAGCCUCUCCCUCACAGCCACCGGUAUCCGCCCUACAACAUUGCAGCAUAUUCUGGCCACUGCUUCGAGACUUACAUAUCUAUCGAUCAAUGAAUCGGUUGCCGUCUCCUUCCCAGCUGGCGUGCAACCUCUCUCCUCCACGUCUCUUCGUACACUGCACUACGAAAUCACAACCGCUUCUUCUGCCGGCUCCUAUUCCAAUCCAUCCGCGAGCUACUACGCGUACCUCACCUCUUCUCUGCUUUCCAAUGGCCUGCCAGCCCUUCGUAAGCUCUACGUCCGCGAUCCCGGAUUCCCCGAGUCUCUCCUCGAUCUCUCACCCCCAAGACCCGCAUUCGCAUUCGACCCCGACAAUGUACCCUCCCCUAAACUCUCACCGAGAUCCACUAUUUCUUCCCCUCUUCUCUCGCCUUCCUCUGCUUACUCACCCAAUCCACAACGCUUCAGCUCCAAUAACCCCUUUGCCAAGAUGGCAAACCGACCUGGAUUGAAACAAGAACUCGAAGUCUACAGCAAAGGCUUAGACGAGAUGGAGUGGAAUUUUUCCAGCGUCCAACCCGGCGAACGAGGUAGGAGGGGUAGUGCGACGGCGCCGCGACCGGUGAGCAGCUAUGGUCUCGGGGACGGGUCGAGGGGAAGCUGGGCCGGGGGCUCAAGGAAGAGCGUCAUUGUUGGGAACGGAUUUGGUGGGUUCUUAGCUAUUCCCGCGGAUGAUGAAGGUAGACCGAGGAGUUCGGCGGGGGAAGGCAAGAAGAGAGGCAGCCAGUACGACAUAUGGCGCUGA